UGUAACUUUCAGAAUGGCUGGUGUACGUGGACAAAUGACAAAUCACCUAAGGACGUGUUCGACUGGAUUAUUGGGUCGGGUGGGACACCUAGCUUUCUAACGGGCCCUGACAAAGAUCGGUUAGGAUCUAGUAAAGGAAAGUACGCGUUCAUCGAAACAUCAUAUCCCCGGCAGCCCAAGGACAAAGCCCGAUUAUCCAGUGAAACUUUCGUAUACCCAUCGUCGCAAAGUCGUUGUUUUACUUUUUGGUAUCACAUGUAUGGUACUACUAUAGGAACACUGAACAUAUAUCAAACUGYUAAUAAUAAGGAUACUUUGAUUUGGACGCAAACCGGAAACAAAGGAAACAAAUGGUACAAUGGACAAGUAACCGUUGGCAAGGCGUCUUCUUACAAGGUUGUUCUUGAAGGAGUGAGAGGUUCAGGUUAUACUGGCGACAUUGCUAUCGAUGAUUUUGUAUUUCUCGACAAUAAGAACUGUCAAACUGUACCGUCAUCGGCWGCACCUAACGCACCAACAACUGUCGCAACUACACCUCUGAUAACAACUACAAAGCCAGUCAGUAAGUAGUAUGUAGCGAUGCUCAAGCAGUCAACAAGMAAUAUUUAACAAGAACCACUUCGUGGAACAUACCGURUCCAGGUUACGCUAAUAUAUAUUGUUACCAGCGCCRCGAUCGAUUUGAUAGAUUUUGCKUAUGAUCUUUUCACAUCACUUUUUGAAUAUUUUUAUYAUUACAGCGWUAAUUUAGCAUUCAGAUUGYAUUUGUAUUAUCCUCCGAKAWUUUAUAAGAUGAGAGUUUGCUUUGCAUAAAAUGAUUUUAGAAAGAAAAAAUAGAACGAGUAUAUUUUAAAG